AUGGACUCGGAUCAAGAAGAAACCCGUCCUGAAUCGUCAUUGACGAUUCAGCAUUACCAGGCCCAGAUUCGUGGCCUCAACACUACUAUUCAGAAUCUCAACACAACCGUAACACGACUUCGAGAGUCACGGGACCUUCAUCGUUCCAAUGCAAAGACUCUCACUGCUACGAACACGGAAUUGCAGGCCAAAAUUCAGGCCUUGACUAUCAAAGAAGAAACGGUCACUCCAGCAGAGCCUCUGGAUUCCGAUGUGGAUGAACAACCAAUCAAAUUGGAAGUUACCAAGACUGGACCGCCUAGCCGCAUGCGGCUAGCGCAUUCAAAUCAGUUUCGAUUCGGCAAAUCAUCGGACUUUGCGUUUUUGAACGAAUUGGCCUCAUUCGAUUUCGAUUUUUUUUUCGCUUUUUGCAUCCCGGCAAUCGCCAAAACCACGAAUCCACCACACCAUUACUUCAAGCACCUUCCCGGGCUAUUGCCCCACAUUGAUACCCCUGUUGCCUGCGUCCGCAGGCCUGCUACAUGA